ACUAAUUGAAAAUUUCCGCUACAUAUUAAUCAGCCAAUGAAAUUCCGAAAUUUUCUAAGCUUUCGUUAUUUUUCCGCAUAUACUUCGGAACAGUGUCGUAAAAGAAGUUGCUCUUCAUUUCUUCUUUGGGAUUCCUGUGGAAAACACAUACGGGAUCUCGAAGUGGCUGCCAGGCAACGAAUCCAGCGGUAAAUUCAAUAUGGCGCCUAGAGGAAGAGGGUGGAAGUUUGAUUAUUGGACAAAUUAAACUCUGAGUAACUUUGAAUAUACCUUUAAUAAUGCUAAAUAUCCACAAGUAUAUAACGAAGAAACAUUUGAAGUACAUAUUUUGUUCGCGUUAUGUACCAUCAUCCAAGCAGAGCUGCAAAAACCGGCCGUGUUGUCGCGAGAGACGGUAUUAAUUUUAGUCUGAACUAUAGCUUGCAAGCACAAGCUUCUCCUGUGAGCGAAAGGCCGUCCUCAAAUCUAAAGCUCUCAGAUUGGAAACAGGGCAAUGACACAGUAUCGUCAGUCAGACCAGGAUCUAGUGCAGAGGCAAGCCUUGGUAGAAGUGGACGGUUUAGCCUUACUAAGUCUCCUUUAGAAAAUGACAAGCUUCGGGGAAAUGAGAGAUCUUCAUCUGUUCUUCAGUAUUCCCAUUCAACCAUGGACACUUCCCAAGAUUCCCGUCAAAAUUUUGCCACUCCGUCAUUUCGAGAACUGAACAAGAUCCAAAGGCAAGUCUUCCAGCCAUCAGUGUCUGUUGCAAAUGAGAGUUCUACCUCACUAGCUGCUUCUCAUAGCCAAGCAAAUCAGGGUCUGGUGCCAACAGAUGAUGAAGGGAAUUCUUAUCAGUUAAGAAAUGCUUUGAGUGCUGGCUCACAAGCAAGAGUUACUGAUAAAAGCCAAGUCUUUUUACCAGGGGACCGUGUGAUCUUUGCCGAGUCACCAUCAGCACCUGGUGUUCCUGUAGUGUAUAGAUUGCCUGAUGAAAGACAAGCUAACCCUGAUAGACUUAACUUAGACAGACGACGUCUAACAGUUUGUCCACUUCUAGAAGGAGAAGAGAAUUUACGACUUCUAAACUUUCAGCACAAUCUCAUCACAAAAAUUCAACAUUUAUCAAACCUAAGAAGACUGAUCUUCUUGGACAUCUACGAUAAUCAGAUAGAAGAGAUCGCAGGACUGAGUUGCUUGAAGUCUUUACGAGUACUGAUGCUUGGCAAAAAUAGAAUACGAAGGAUUCAUAAUCUAGAAACUUUGACCAAGCUAGACGUUCUUGAUCUACACGGAAAUAGAAUUAGUAAAAUCGAGAAUUUGAAUCAUUUGAGUGAACUCCGAGUAUUGAAUCUCGCCGGGAAUGAGAUUCAACAUGUGUCGAAUAUCAGUGGAAUGACGGCGUUAGCAGAGCUUAACCUGCGCAGAAAUCAAAUAUGCACUGUGGAGGAAGUAAAUAGAUUGGAAAAUCUUCAACGACUUUUUCUAAGUUUUAACUGUAUAACAAGUUUUGAAGACAUUUCAUGUCUAUCGCAGUCCCCCUCGAUCAUCGAGCUCUCUCUGGAUGGCAAUCCAUUCUGCAGUGAAAGUAGUUACAAGCAAACAAUACUUAAGCAUGUCACGUGUAUCAGACAACUAGACAUGAAGAGAAUCACGGAGGAAGAGCGAAGAAUAGCUACAGUUAUGGCGAAGAAAGAAGAAGAAAAGAAGCGAGAAAUCAAUAAACUCGCCAUCCUAAAGGAAAAGCGUCGUAUUGCAAUCAGUAACGCCCAGAGGCAAUGGGAAGUCGCACAGCUAAAGAGCUCUAGACAAACGGCUUAAUAUUCACCGAGACUCAAAUCAACAGCCUACGACAAAUCAACGCUCUUUGUUCACUACGAAAACUGGAUUUUCUGACCAUUAACAACGAGGGGAACCCAGUCACUAAAUAUACGUUAUGGAAGCAUUAUACUCUGUUCAGGCUGUCGCAUUUCUCUCUUAGCAAGAUCAAUGACAUCGAAAUAACAGCGGAAGAUACCGUAAUAGCCGAGAAGCUAUUUGGCAGUCUUGCUCAUCUUACAACUUCUCAAUUACCUCAAUCAAGACUUCUGUCUCUUUUAGGGGAUUCAAGAAGGAAAAAUACUGACGAAAAGACAAAGAAAUCAGAGGGAAAACAUGAAAGGACGUCUUCAGCUGAGUCAGUCGGUAGAGCUGGACUACAGUACUGGUCGUCUGAUAUUUACACGAAGAAAAAAGAGGAGGCAGACGCGAGGAAAGCAUUCGCCCAUAACUACAUGAAAGAGAUAGUAAACGAAACGUUAAUAAUCGAGCAAAAACGAAAACGUCUGGACAAAAUACUACCGACUCUUUUUAACGAACUUGUUGAAGAAGCCUUCGAUGAUGUGGUCAAUAUGGACUCACAAAUGGUUCAGUCACUUGAAAAGAUAAAACAGAACAAAUAACCGGAGAUCAGCUUAAUAGGCCCUUUGCGGUUAACGGUCACGUGUCUGUAUUGGUGAGCAAAUGUUUUUAUUUUAUUUUAAAUUGGUGAUUAUUUUUAGCUACUUGUAAAGAACUGAAUGAAACGAUGUGUAAACAGUGUGUUCGGAAAUUCUGUUUUAUUACGAUCUCUGGAAACAGGUUGUAGAAAGUUUGUUUGCUCACCAGUAUAUUUCACCCAUAGGAAUCAAGAUGUUCAUUCAUUUGCUCUCAGUGAAUUAAUCAGCACGUGAUUACUGAGCUGCAAAGGGCCUAUUAAUACUGGUUCGUCGUUUCAUACAGUGACAACUUGUGGUGGAUGUAACCUUGGUUUGGAUAGACGAGUAUGGGGAAACAACACAGAUAUAAGACAAACGUGGUUGACAGGCACCGAUUUUUAGCUAUUAGGAAAAGCAGCUACCAUUCUUCAAGAUCCUUUCUAAAUACUUUCCUUAAAAGAGAUUAAAACCACCUUCAUAUUCAACAACUCCUCUGCUCUCAUCCAUUCCUGAACAGCCGUUGUACUGUGGUUGUCGACCAGUAACCACGAAACCCCAUUCAACUAUUAGAAAAAGCAUACUAACAUUCUUCAGGAUACUCCCUAAAUAUUUUCCAGAGACUGAAGAGAUUACCUUCACAUUCAACAAACUCCGGUGUCGUUAUCUCCCUUAACAGUCAUGGUUGUUUUGUAGUGGACUAACGACUGUGUCUUCAUCUUCCUGGACACCCGUGGUAUUUGGUUUGUUUUGGUGCAUAGAACGCGAAUUGGCAUUGAACCUUCCCCCUUUGACGCCUUGUUUCCCAGUAUCUGACCACUCCCUAAAUCUCCGGUCGUUCUGGUUCCUAGGAACUCGGGGAAGACGUUGAAUAACAUUAUUUAACAAAAUAGAUCACUAUUGCUUUGGAUGGAUGAUGUAUUUUUUUGAUAUACAUACACGAUACAUACACAAUACACGUUAUGAGCACAUGAAUAAUAUAUAUUAUAAUCUCACUCAUAUC